AUGAUUCUCACUACUGGACCUGGACCUGGCGGCUCUUUCUGUGGCUCUUCCUACCCCAGCAACCUGGUCUACAGCACUGAGCUCCGCGCCCCCAGCCCCUGCCCGCGGGGCUCCUCUCUACACAGUCGCUGCCAGGAGACCUGCUGGGAGCCCCCCAGGUGCCAGACGUCCUGCGGUGGCCUGAGGACCCCCACGCUCUGCAGUCCCUGCUGGACAACUCGUCCUGGGGCUCUGGGCUCUGGGUCCAGCAGCAGCUGCUACUCCCUGGGCUGCGGGUCCCGAAGCUCCUACUCCCUGGGCUGUGGGUCCCGAAGCUCCUACUCCGUGGCUUGUGGGUCCCGUGGCUUCAGACCCGUGGGCUAUGGAGGCUGUGGCUUCCCUUCCCUGAGCUACGGAUCCGGAUUCUGCCGCCCGACCUCCUUGGCCUCCAGGAGCUGCCAGUCACCCUGUUACAGACCAACCUGA